GAACACGAGUAAGGAGGGAAGGUUGAGUAAGAUACACAGGAAGUUUUUCAGAGGUCGCCAUCGACGGCUCCCGGUGGUUACGUUUAUGCUUCCCUUCAUAUAAUGUUCGUUGAGGUCACGAGGGUUCUAAAAUUACAUCAGUACUGGAGGCAACCGCAGUGGAAUGACGAACAAAGUAAGAGAUUUAGUAUCAUGUUAGCGUUAGCGGAUAUUGAAAACAAUAUCACUUCCACCCAGACUAAGGCAGCCAAAAAAAGUAGGCUAUUCUAAAAUGUCAGCUAUCUCACACAUAAGCAACUACCUCGUCAUUUGAAGGUUUUGUAGAUAUGUAGACGGAGAUUCCGCUACACAAAGUAAAAAUGCCAUUGUCAGACCUCCUGGACAGUCUGAAGGACAACCCCUACUUUGGGGCUGGGUUUGGACUGGUUGGUGUUGGAACAGCAUUGGCCUUGGCCAGGAAAGGUGCCCAGGUGGGGAUGGUGUUCUUUCGCAGACACUACAUGAUCACCCUGGAGGUCCCCAGCAAGGAUAAGAGUUAUCACUGGCUGCUGAGUUGGAUCACAAAACAUGCCAGGCACACACAGCACCUGAGUGUGGAGACUUCAUAUCUGGCGCAUGAGAGUGGACGCGUUCACACUCAGUUUGACUUUCACCCAAGUCCAGGGAACCACAUCAUCUGGUAUGGGAGGAAGUGGAUCAGAGUGGAGCGGACCAGAGAGAAACAGAUGAUUGAUAUGCACACUGGAACUCCUUGGGAGUCUGUCACAUUUACAGCAUUAGGCAGAGACAGACAGAUCUUCUUCAAUAUUUUACAAGAAGCCAGAGAAUUAGCAUUGAAACAGGAGGAAGGACGGACAGUGAUGUACACAGCCAUGGGAGCAGAGUGGAGGCCCUUUGGAUUCCCACGGCGACGCAGACCCCUCAGCUCUGUGGUACUGGAGGCGGGUGUGGCCGAAAGAAUUGUCGACGAUGUGAAGGAGUUCAUUGGAAACCCUAAGUGGUAUACAGAUCGUGGCAUACCUUACAGAAGAGGAUAUCUGUUGUAUGGGCCACCAGGGUGUGGAAAAAGCAGCUUUAUCACGGCACUGGCCGGUGAGCUGGGCUAUAGCAUUUGUUUGAUGAGCCUGAGCGACCGCUCGCUUUCAGAUGACCGUCUGAACCAUCUAUUGAGCGUGGCACCGCAGCAAAGUAUAGUACUGUUGGAGGAUGUCGACGCUGCCUUUGUUAGCAGGGAACUGCUUCCAACAGAGAACCCUUUAGCCUUCCAGGGAAUGGGAAGGCUGACCUUCAGUGGCCUGCUGAACUCUCUGGAUGGAGUGGCUUCAUCUGAGGCCAGAAUUGUAUUCAUGACAACCAAUUUCAUUGACAGGUUAGAUUCAGCGCUAAUCCGGCCCGGCCGUGUUGAUCUGAAGCAAUACAUUGGGCAUUGUACCCACUGGCAGCUCACCCAGAUGUUCAGACGGUUCUAUCCAGAUGCACCCGCUUCUGAUGGAGAGCAUUUUUCCAAGUGUGCACUGUCUGCACACACUGCAAUCAGCGCUGCUCAAGUGCAAGGACACUUACUGUUGCACAAAAUGGACCCAGAAGGAUCGAUCACGAAUGUUGCAAAAAUAAAGGAAUGACAGGACAGGAUUUUUAAAAUGAUGAAUAUGUUUAAAAAUGAUUGACAGGGACAGAAUUGUGGAAGAUUUAUAUAAAAAAUAAAUGUUUCUUUGACCAUUGAGGUAUGCCAUCACACCUGUACACCUGUAUCACACCUUGUACAUCUUGUAUAAUGACAAUAAAGGCCAUUCCAUCAUGAAAAUAUGUCUUGGAAUAACGAUACUAUUUGUUGGAAUGUAUAAGUUGGAAUGUAUUUUAUUUUUGUUCACAUUUGUGUUUAAAAUAAAUGAAUAUUUGAAAUCAACCAAA